GCUCGCGGCUGAGGCAGCACCCGGGGCAGCGAGGGGAGCGGCGGUGGGUGGCCGGUGGGCACUAGCCGCCAUGGAGGCCGUUCCCCGCAUGCCGAUGAUCUGGCUGGAUCUGAAGGAAGCCGGUGACUUCCUCUUCCAGCCGGCCGUGAAGAAGUUUGUUCUGAAGAAUUACGGAGAGAACCCAGAAGCCUACAAUGAGGAACUGAAGAAGCUGGAGCUGCUUCGACAGAAUGCUGUCCGUGUUCCACGGGACUUUGAGGGCUGCAGUGUCCUCCGAAAGUACCUGGGCCAGCUCCACUACCUGCAGAGUCGCGUCCCGAUGGGUUCAGGCCAGGAGGCUGCUGUCCCUGUGACCUGGACAGAGAUCUUCUCAGGCAAGUCUGUGGCCCAUGAGGACAUCAAAUACGAGCAGGCCUGCAUUCUCUACAACCUUGGAGCGCUGCACUCCAUGCUGGGGGCCAUGGACAAGCGGGUGUCUGAGGAGGGCAUGAAGGUUUCCUGUACUCACUUCCAGUGUGCUGCAGGAGCAUUCGCCUACCUCCGAGAGCACUUCCCUCAGGCCUACAGUGUUGACAUGAGCCGCCAGAUCCUCACUCUCAAUGUCAACCUCAUGCUGGGCCAAGCUCAGGAGUGCCUCCUGGAGAAGUCCAUGUUGGACAAUAGGAAGAGCUUUCUGGUGGCCCGCAUCAGUGCCCAGGUGGUAGAUUACUACAAGGAGGCUUGCCGGGCCUUGGAGAACCCCGACACAGCCUCACUGCUGGGCCGGAUUCAGAAGGACUGGAAGAAGCUCGUGCAGAUGAAGAUUUACUACUUUGCAGCUGUGGCUCAUCUGCACAUGGGGAAGCAGGCUGAGGAACAGCAGAAGUUUGGGGAGCGGGUUGCAUACUUCCAGAGUGCCCUGGAUAAGCUCAAUGAAGCCAUCAAGCUGGCCAAGGGCCAGCCUGACACUGUGCAGGAUGCGCUUCGCUUCACUAUGGAUGUCAUUGGGGGAAAGUACAAUUCGGCCAAGAAAGACAAUGACUUCAUCUACCAUGAAGCUGUCCCAGCACUGGACACCCUUCAGCCUGUGAAAGGUGCGCCCCUGGUGAAGCCCUUGCCAGUAAACCCUACAGACCCUGCUGUUACAGGCCCUGAUAUCUUCGCCAAACUGGUACCCAUGGCUGCCCAUGAGGCCUCAUCACUGUACAGUGAGGAGAAAGCCAAGUUACUUCGGGAGAUGCUGGCCAAGAUUGAGGACAAAAAUGAGGUCUUGGACCAGUUCAUGGAUUCAAUGCAGCUGGAUCCUGAGACAGUGGACAACCUCGAUGCCUACAACCACAUCCCCCCGCAGCUCAUGGAGAAGUGUGCGGCUCUCAGCGUUCGGCCUGACACUGUCAAGAACCUCGUCCAGUCCAUGCAAGUGCUCUCAGGUGUGUUCACGGAUGUGGAGGCCUCUCUGAAGGACAUCAGGGAUCUGAUGGAGGAGGAUGAGCUGCUAGACCAGAAGUUGCAAGAAGCAUUAGGCCAAGCAGGGUCCAGCCCAGCUGUCUCUAAGGCUGAGCUGGCAGAGGUGAGGCGAGAAUGGGCCAAGUACAUGGAGGUCCACGAGAAGGCCUCCUUCACCAACAGCGAGCUGCACCGCGCCAUGAAUCUGCACGUCGGCAACCUUCGCCUGCUCAGUGGGCCGCUCGACCAGGUCCGAGCCGCCCUGCCCACCCCUGCCCUCACCCCAGAGGACAAGGCUGUGCUACAGAACCUGAAGCGCAUCUUGGCCAAGGUGCAGGAGAUGCGGGACCAGCGUGUGUCCCUGGAGCAGCAGCUGCGCGAGCUCAUCCAGAAAGAUGACAUCACUGCUUCGCUGGUCACUGCGGACCACUCAGAGAUGAAGAAACUAUUCGAGGAGCAGCUGAAGAAGUAUGACCAGCUGAGGGUCUACCUGGAGCAGAACCUGGCUGCCCAGGACAACGUUCUCCGGGCACUGACAGAGGCAAAUGUGCAGUACGCGGCCGUGCGGCGGGUGCUCAGCGAGCUGGAUCAGAAGUGGAAUUCCACACUGCAGACCCUGGUGGCCUCCUAUGAAGCCUAUGAGGAUCUGAUGAAGAAGUCUCAGGAGGGCAAAGACUUCUAUGCCGAUUUGGAGAGCAAGGUGGCGGCUCUCCUGGAGCGGGCACAGUCCACCUGCCAGGCCCGCGAGGCUGCCCGUCAGCAGAUUCUGGACAGGGAGCUGAAGAAGAAGCCGCCACCCCGACCCACAGCCCCGAAGCCACUGCUGCCCCGCAGGGAGGAGGGGGACGCACUGGAGACAGACCUGCCUGAGGAACUGCGCAGCCUGCCCCCCGACAUGGUGGCUGGCCCCCGGCCUCUUGACACCUUCCUGGGAACGACUGGUCCCCUCCACUUUCCUCCUGGUCCCUUCCCCACCUCUGCAGGGCCAGGACCCCACUAUCUCCCAGGCCCCUUACCCCCUGGUACCUACCCAGGCCCUGCCCAGAUAUUGCAGCCCAGGGUCCCUCCAGCUCCGGGGCACCCUGCAAUGGCCAUGGCACCUAGACCUGCCCUCUACUCGGCCCCUGGCUACACACCAGAACUGGGCCUGGUGCCCCGUUCCUCCCCACAGCACAGUGUGGUGAGCGGCCCCUACGGGCGGGUUGGGCAUCCCCAGCCCAGUGCAGGCCUGCCCUCAGCCCCACCCUCCCAGUUCUCGGGCCCUGAAUUGGCUAUGGGGGUUCGGCCAGCCACCACUACAGUAGAUAGCAUCCAAGCCCCCAUUUCUAGUCACACGGCACCACAAGCAAACCCGAUCCCUCCCCCUCCCCCUCAGCCUUGCUUCCCUGUGCCACCACAGCCUCUGCCUGUUCCUUACACCUACCCACUAGGACCCAAGCAGCCCCUCCCGGCACCCGCGACCCAGCACUUUUCUCCUGGAAUCCCUACAGGUUUUCCAGCACCAAGGAUGGGGCCUCAGCCCCAGCCUCAUAUCCCACAAGCCACCUUUGGGCCCCAGCCCCACCAGCAGCCUCUGCCACUCCAGCACCCACAUCUCUAUCCACCCCAAGCCCCAGCACUCACGCCCACGCAAUCCCCCUAUCCCUUUGCUCCUCAGCCUGGUGUCCUGGGGCAGCCACCACCUACAGUGCACACUCAGAUCUAUCCCGGCCCCUCUCAGGACCCACUGCCCCCCCAUUCAGGAGCACUGCCUUUCCCCAGUCCUGGGCCGCCUCAGCCGCCUCAUCACUCUCUGGCAUAUGGCCCUGCCCCUUCGCCCAGGCCUCUGGGCCCCCAGGCAACCCCUCUCCCCAUUCGAGGCCCCCCACCGGCCAGCCAGCCUUCCCCCAGCCCCCACCUAGUGCCUUCACCUGCGCCCUCUCCGGGGCCCAGCCAGGUCCCUCCACGGGCUCCUGCUGCAGAGCCGCCACCUUGCCCGCGCCGGGGCGCAGCCACUGCAGACCUGCUCUCCUCCAGCCCUGAGAGCCAGCAUGGUGGCACUCAGCCUCCCGGGGUAGGGCAGCCUCUGCUGCAGCCCACCAAGGUGGAUGCCGCAGAAGGUCGGCGGCCUCAGGCCCUGCGGCUCAUUGAGCGAGACCCCUAUGAGCGCCCUGAGAGGCUGCAGCGGCUGCAGCAGGAGCUGGAGGCCUUCCGGGGCCAGCUGGGUGAUGCAGGGGCUCUGGACACUGUCUGGAGGGAGCUGCAGGAGGCCCAGGAGCAGGAUGCCCGGGGCCGCUCCAUUGCCAUUGCUCGCUGCUACUCCCUGAAGAACCGGCACCAGGACGUCAUGCCCUAUGACAGUAACCGCGUGGUCCUGCGCUCUGGCAAGGACGACUAUAUCAAUGCCAGUAUGGUGGAGGGGCUCUCACCGUACUGUCCACCCUUAGUGGCCACUCAGGCCCCCUUGCCUGGUACAGCAGCUGACUUCUGGCUCAUGGUACAUGAGCAGAAAGUGUCAGUCAUUGUCAUGCUGGUGUCUGAAGCUGAGAUGGAGAAGCAAAAGGUGGCCCGCUACUUCCCCACGGAGAGAGGCCAACCCAUGGUACACGGCGCCUUGAGCCUCUCACUGAGCAGUGUCCGCACCACCGACACCCACGUGGAGCGGGUGCUGAGCCUGCAGUUCCGGGACCAAAGCCUCAAGCGCUCACUCGUGCAUCUUCACUUCUCCACUUGGCCCGAGUUAGGCCUGCCUGACAGCCCCAGCAACCUGCUGCGCUUCAUCCAGGAGGUGCACUCACAUUACCUGCACCAGCGCCCCCUGCACACCCCUGUCAUUGUACACUGCAGUUCUGGGGUGGGCCGCACGGGAGCCUUUGCGCUCCUCUAUGCAGCUGUGCAGGAAGUGGAGGCUGGAAAUGGGAUCCCCGAGCUGCCUCAGCUAGUGCGGCGCAUGAGGCAACAGAGGAAGCACAUGCUGCAGGAGAAACUGCACCUCCGGUUCUGCCAUGAGGCGGUAGUGAGACAUGUGGAGCAGGUCCUGCAGCGCCAUGGUGUUCCCCCUCCAUGCAGGCCCGUGGCUGGCACAGGCAAUAGCCAGAAGAAUCACCUUCCUCAAGACUCGCAGGACCUGGUCCUUGGUGGGGAUGUGCCCAUCAGCUCCAUCCAGGCCACCAUCGCCAAACUGAGCAUCCGGCCUUCUGGAGGCUUGGAUUCCCCAGCUGCCAGCCUGCCAGGGCCAGUAGAGCCACCAGGUCUGCUGCCAGCCAGUGUUCCGGAGUCUACUCAGCUCCCACCCUCCUCCCCUCCCCCGCUCUCUUCACCCCUGCCUGAGACCCCCCAACCUGAGGAGGAACAGCCAGUACCAGAGGCCCCCCAUUUGGAGCCGCCGUCCUCAUCCUUGGAGCUGCUGGCAUCCCUAACUCCUGAGGCCUUCUCUUUGGACAACUCUUUGCGGGGGAAACAGAGGAUGAGCAAGCAGAACUUUCUGCAGGCCCAUAAUGGGCAAGGUCUGCGGGCUGCCCAGCCCACUGAUGACCCCCUGAGCCUUCUGGACCCACUCUGGACACUCAAUAAGACCUGAACAGGUUCCCUGCCCGGUCCUUACACUACAUCUCCCAGCCUGCUCACUCAUGCCCAGCUGGGCCUAUGCCGUGGGCUUAUUCUCUUCCUCCCAUUCCUGCUGCCUUCAGCCCUGCCUGGCCCAGCCUGCACCCAUGUGGGGUGGAGAUGCAUCACAGGCCUGGGGUCAGGUUCUGUUCCUUUGUGGGAAAUGACAUUUUUCAGCUCUUUGCUAUUGAAGUAAUUAAUAAACCAACCUGUUCAUGGCCA